AUGUCUUCGCCUUCCUUUGCUCAAACAAGGGGCCAGGCGCUAAAUUUAGAAAAGCAGACAGACGCACAAUUAUCGAAGUAUUCUUCUUUCCAGAACACCUCGUCUACCUCAGCCACAGAGGAAGAGACCAGUAUAGAGCAAUCGAUAAACGAAUUGUUGGACAAGAGAGACCAGAUUAUAUCUGCGUUAAACAGAAUAUCGGAGUCGGACUUAUCAUUAUCAACAUCCAAGUUACAACAAUUACAAAGGCAUAAGGAAAUUUUCCAAGAACAUAAAUCCAUAUAUGACAAGAUCAAGGCAACCAUCAAAGAUGAUCGGAAUAGAAACAACUUGUUGUUUUCCGUAAGAUCGGACAUUGACGCGCAUAAGCAGAGAAAUGUGAGCAGCGGAAACGGAGGCAGUUCUCAGGAUGCCAAUAAUUAUAUAAAUGAAGAAAGGGUGAGAGUAGACUCAGCUAACUCUUUUGCCGAAAGAUUAUUACAGCAAGCGUACACCACAAGAGAUGAGUUAUUCAGCCAAAGAAACUACUUGAAUAACGCUCAACUGACUAUGAUGAAUACUAUUCAAACAAUUCCCGGAAUUAAUGUGUUAAUAUCGAGAAUUAAUACCAGAAGGAGGAGAGAUACCUUGAUUUUGGCCUCAGUUAUAUCCGUCUGCAUAAUAGUAAUAUUUUUAUACUAA